AUGGCGGAGCUUUACCGGGAGCUGAGCCGGCACCCAGGGCUCAGCGCUGCCUGCCUCGGCCCCGAUGUCACCACCCAGUACGGGGGCAAGUACUGCAGCCUCUACACCGAGUGGUCGCAGCGGGACCUGGCACGGGCCGAGAACGUCAAGUUCUGCCGCCAGUACCUGAUCUUCCAUGACGAGGCCUCUGUCGUCUACUCGGGGCCCGCCGGCACCUGCUCUGAGAUCAAGGAUGAGCUGCUGAGCCGGGAGUCCCCCAGCGGGGCACUGAAGGCUGUCCUGCGCAAGGUCCCUGGCAAGGAGAAGGAGAAGGAGAAGCAGUUCCUGGAGGUCUGGGAUCAGAACCGUAAGGUGAAGAGCAUCGACCUGACGGCGCUGGACAAGCACGGCAGCGUCUAUGACGAUGACCAGUUUGGCUGCCUGGCCUGGUCGCACUCGGAGACCCACCUGCUCUACGUGGCGGAGAAGAAGCGUCCCAAGGCCGAGUCCUUCUUUCAGAGCAAAGCUCCGGAGCUGGGCACCUCUGAUGAGGACACAGGGCGCCCCGAGAAGGAUGACACGCCCCUCAAGGGUGAGCAGUUCGUGUACCACGAGGACUGGGGGGAAGCACUGAGCACCCGCAGCGUGCCCGUCCUCUGCGCCCUGGACAUUGAGGGCAGCAGCAUCUCAGUGCUGGAGGGUGUCCCGGAGCACCUCUCUCCCGGCCAGGCUUUCUGGUCCCCCGGUGACACCGGCGUGGUGUUCGUGGGCUGGUGGCAUGAGCCCUUCCGCCUGGGGCUGCGGCACUGCACCAACCGCCGGUCAGCGCUCUUCUACGUGGACCUGACGGGCGGGAGAUGCGAGCUCCUCUCCGAGGACACCAGGGCCGUGUGGUCCCCGCGGCUCAGCCCUGACCGCUGCCGCAUCGUCUACUUGGAGAACGACGCCCUGGGCCCCCACCAGCAGUGCAGCCGCCUCCGCAUGUAUGACUGGUACACCAAGCAUACCAGCACGGUGCUGGAGGCUGUGCCGCGGCAGGCAUGGGGUGAGUACAGCCCCGGGGGUGGCGGGAGGGGCACGGGGGGGGAUGUGUUCGUGGUGGACACGGUGACGGGCGCCACAACCUCGCUGACGGCCGAUGGUCCACAGGGAAGCUGGUCUGUCCUCACCAUAGACCGGGACAUCUUGGUGGCCAGGUUCUCCACCCCUAGCUGCCCCCCCAUGCUGAAAGUGGCUGUUCUGCCUAGCGCCAGCCAGGAGGCGCAGGCACGGUGGGUCUGCCUGCAGGAUGCACCCACCGUGCCCGGCAUCAGCUGGGGCAUCCGCACCCUGCAGCCGCCGCCGGAGCAGGAGCACCCCCAGUACAGGGGCCUGGACUUCGAUGCCAUCCUGCUGCGCCCAAGCGAGGGUCCCACUGCCCAGAAGCCACCCCUGGUCGUGAUGCCCCAUGGGGGCCCCCACUCCGUCUUCACAGCUGGGUGGAUGCUGUACCCGGCGGCACUCUGCCGCAUGGGCUUCGCCGUGCUGCUGGUGAAUUACCGCGGGUCGCUGGGCUUUGGCCAGGACAGCGUGGCCUCCCUGCCAGGCAACGUGGGCACACAGGAUGUGCGCGAUGUGCAGCUCUGUGUGGAGCGGGUGCUGCAGGAGGAGUCACUGGACGCUGGCCGGGUGGCGCUGGUGGGUGGCUCGCACGGGGGCUUUCUGGCGUGCCACCUCCUCGGCCAGUUCCCGGACUCCUACCGUGCCUGCGUGGUCCGCAACCCUGUGGUGAACAUCGCCUCCAUGGUGGCUGCUACCGACAUCCCUGACUGGUGCCUGACGGAGACGGGGUUGCCCUACGCGUCCGACACCCUGCCGGACCCGGCCCAGUGGACGGAGAUGCUGCACAAGUCGCCUAUGCGCUAUGUUGACCAGGUACGCGCACCUGUGCUGCUGAUGCUGGGGGAGGACGACCGGCGUGUGCCCCCCAAGCAGGGGCUGGAGUAUUACCGUGCCCUCAAGGCCCGGGGGGUCCCCACACGGCUGCUCUGGUACCCAGGGAACAACCAUGCGCUGGCCGGCGUUGAGGCUGAAGCUGAUGGCUUCAUGAACAUGGCGCUGUGGCUGCUCAAGCACCUGCAAUGCUAA